GCUUGACGCGCCAUUACAUGCCUAUGUUCAGACCUUGGCUCUGCUGCCAUCCAACGGAGUUCCGUAUCCUGUGCAUCUCGACUUAUUGCUCUGGAUCUCGCCUCCCUCAAGCGCAACCCUCCCCUCUAGGUCGGAGCUAUGCCGCAGGAGCGCGAGUUUCUUCUAGUCUUGGAUUGUUUCAGCCGGCCGUUCAAUGCAGCCACGACCGAGGCGCGGAACAACAGCAGCGCUGGGCACAGCUUGCCAACGGCCCUCCUGCGAUCCCAGUGCCAGGACAAACGGCCGACGCCAUCGCGCCCGCAGCACAAGAGUUGCAGACGAGGCGGACGACAGGAUCCACAUCUUCGAUUUCCCUCGCUGCGCAUACACCGCGCGGGCACUCGCCGACGUGGUCCACAAGGUCUGCCUGCCCCUUGCCUUCAACCGCCAGCAGGUACUGUUCGCGUACAGGAUGUACACGCGUGCGAUGCCGCUUAGCUGGAUGCGGAGCACGCUCUUCAACAAGGCCUUCUCGGUCGACGUCUGGGACACGGUGUGCUCCAUGGGCCUGUUCUCGCUCCGGCUGCCGUUCACGGCGAGCAACACGGCGAUAAAGAUGUUCAAGCAUGCGGCCAGUCCUGACGAGCGGCGCGCGAAGUUCAAGACGAAUUUGUUCAGCUGGUCGCACGAGGUGGAGAAGCGGCUCGGCGCCCAGCCGGGGGAGGGGGAGGGCUAUGCCCAAGCGGACCAGAACGAGGACCGGGUCUUCAUGAGCAGCUUCAACGAGUCCAAGUCUUCGGCGGUCGCAGAGAAGAAGGACGACAAGAAGUGAAG